AUGCAAAGAGUCUAUCGGCGGCGAAGAAAGUCGUCACUGCUAUUUGUGUUGCUGCUGUUGUUAUUAGUUGUUCUGACUUUGUGGUUGUACCUGCUGCAUGCUGCCCUCUUCACGGUGGAACAACGGCCUUCAGCAACAUCAAAUUCAGCCACCCAUCUUUCUGCGGUAGCCGCAGAAAGGGAAAAUGAUGAUAAGCAUUAUAUGUUGAAUGCGCCUGUCAAGAACACAGGAGCAGAAGAAGGAAAAAUAAAAAUAGAAGUGGAUGAUAAGGCAAUCGCUACAUCAUCAAAUGCCUCUUCCACACUACAGCGAUUGCUGGAGCUCGGAUACAAGCGAGAAAAAGAUUUCAACCUUGACGAACGCAUGACUUGGCAGUGGGGAGAAGAAGCGUGUCCACCGGCACCUGUUGGCAUCCCACCGGCGGCUCUACAGAACAAGUCGUUUGCACCCGUUGCGUACCUCACAUGUAUCUCCAAUGAGGAGUUUGUUGAUGGUGCUCUGGUGCUUGGUGUAUCGCUGCGCCGUACCUCGUUAUUCCUGCAAAAACGGGUAGCCGAUCUCGUUGUGCUUAUCACAAGCGGUCGAGUGAGUAAAGCAUCGCGGCGUCGUCUGCAUCUGGAAGGGACAUACGACCACGUCUUUGAGGUUCCCUCGCUCGCCGCCCGUGUGAGUGCGAAGGCGACAUUCCGCGAUACCUUUGAUAAACUGUACAUGUUUAACCUUAGCAUGUACGGGAAGUUGGUGUUUAUGGAUGCCGAUAUGAUCGCUCUGCGUAGUAUGGACGGACUGUUUUCCAGCCCACGUCUUCGGGGGCCACGGCGAGUCGGAGCUAUUGGCGGCCACGGGUACUUCCAGACCGGCAUGCUCGUCUUCAUACCCGCCCCCGCUGUGUUCGACUGCGUGUACGAAGCCUACCGCAGCGGCACACCGCCGGACGGAUAUCGUUUCGUUGGCGGCUCUGCACGUGAUGGUGCCCUCCUCCGCCACGUUUUCCAGUCACACUACACACCUAUAUCCAAUGCAUACAGCCGCAACCUUAAUCCACGCUAUCGCUUAGACCGUCCACCACCAGGGGAAACACGGCCCAUUUUUGCCGUGCAUUUACGCGGAAUCGUGAAGCCGUGGUUUGAUAAACGACUCCCUAACCGGCACAAGGAACUAGGUAAGAAAGAGUAUGGCUUUACUUACCUCCACUGGUGGACACUAUAUGAGGAAGAGGUUCAUAAAAAGAGUGCGUACUACAGUAAGGCACUGGAAAUGCAGAAUGAGGGACACGCAGUGGAAUCAAACCAUUUAGUGGUCGACGGAAUCCCGUUCGCUGUUGGACAUCACUCAACGAACACCGCAGAUGACGCUAGUAACGUACGUAAAAAUGGUAAUGGCAACAAUGAUAAUACUCACAAUCGUAGUGGUGGAGAAAACUCUGAAGGUGAUAUUCCCAUCUCUCCACUAACACAUGUAUGGAUGCAGAGGCAUAGCAAUGCUUCGUAUGUACAACUCUUAUCGACUGCAGAAAGGAAGCGGAGAAAUCGCACGCUACCGUAUAUGCGGAAAAUUGCAAGCAACACCUACGGCCUCUCAUGCGAUGCUGUCUGUUCAGAGGAAGGACUUCGCUGCAGCCACGAAGCAUUGCAAUUUAGUUCACUGAAUGAUUGUGACGAAUUGAAGUUAGUAUUUGGUUGCAGCAAAUGCGAGUUGGGUGUCUACUGGCGACCUCAUCCUGGCAAUGACUUUCCUGCACUGGAAAAUAUAACAGGUAACAAAAACAACGACAAUACUGAUGAUGAUGAUGAUAAUGAGAAUAAUAAUAGUAAUAAAGAUGCUAAAAUACGGAAGAAAGGGAAAAACUCGGAGAAGAACGCAAACAGCAGUGAAAAAUUAAUAUGUCGCUACAACUACCUGCAUGAUCAGCGUAGUAUACCCAACUGCAGCGCAACAUACCCCACAACACGGCGGUACUGCCCUUGUGUACCCAAAUUAUGA